GCCGAAUACGUGAGCAGCACCGCAACCCCGUGCUUUUGGCACUUUGCCGAAAGGUUCCGGGAUGAAGCGAGAGGUUAGUAGUGGUUUGGAGAAGUUGGUGAUGAGUGAUGUUGAAUAGUUUCUUGGCGUGUGGUACUGGUCGAUCUGGAUACGAGGAGGUUGUCCACCGCCAGUGGUAUCUGAGGUGGAAGGGGAAAAUAAGAUAAAAGGGUCGAGCUGUCGACGCCAGUUCACAGUUCCUUACUCUCCAACCCCCGGUGCAGAGAAGCUGAAUAGCCUAUCAACAUUCCUUCUUAGCCGCUUGCUUUUAAAGAAGGCACCUCGACACCCCUAGAACACCAUACCGGUCCGCCAAACAAAGCAAUAACCGUUAAAAAUGGCUUUCCAAAAGCUCACCAUCCCCAUCAUCCUAACCCUCUAUUACACCCUCCUGGCUAGUGCCUCUCUCCCCCGCCGCCAGAGCUGCAUCGUGAAUCCGAUCCUCUACACCACCUUUGAAGAAACCCUCACUCUCUCGGUCCAAAACAAGUCCUUCCCGCUACACAACCGAGCAAUAUACCACACUGCCCUUGGAGAUGAAACCACGGGGCCGGUCGAGCAUGCGAUGACUGUCUACGGCAGCAGCCCUCUCCCUCCCGCGGCCUACCACCUAACCUCGCAGAAACUCUACCACGCUCCGCCCGUCGGGGUGCCAGAGCAGAUCCCGGUUUACACCAGACCGAGCGCCUAUACUGGCCUCGAGGAAGUCUAUUUCCCGGCCACACCCCCGAGCGUCGAGCCGACGGUGCUGUGGGGUGGGUAUCCCGGGUGUGAUCCAGAUACCAAUGCCCCUCAGUUAGAAUUGGGACCCGACGGGAAUAGGAGGGUUUGUGCGAAGCCCGACGGAAAUGAUUGGAGAAUUUAUUUGCAAACUGGGGGUAGGUUAUCCCUAUCGCUUCUCCUUAUUCCCGUGGUUUUAAUUGUGGGAGUUGGGUGAUCGGUGCUGACGCGAACUCUUUCCCACGGUGAUAGUUGGGCAAGUGGAUGAUUGUGUUCUGGUUGUCAUCAAGCUCGUUAAAAAUUCCUCAACUUAAGGGCGAGCCUGAAUUCAUUACUUGAAAGAUUGAGUCGGAGAUUUGAACUAAUGAGUGUAAUAUGGCCACCCCCCUGUCCCCCAUAGAUACUCUUUCCUAGUGUUCUCCUGCCUUUCUUCUUUUUUUUUUGAAUCCUGAGCGUGGGCUUGCGUGGUCCACGGACAGGAUGUCCAGAGUGCAAUAGAACGAAUAAGCGCAAGUGCGGAAUGAUAUCAUAAUCUGGGUCCCAACAUCUUAUCGUAGGGCUGCGUGGUUCGAGUGCUAGAUUGUGUCACUGGACGUUCCUACUCUGUCAGGCAAUAUUUUGCUACAAUACCCAAUCACUCAAUUAUUAGUAAGAAGCUCCUAACCCGUGA